UGUAGGAGCAACUGGAUAGUUGAUCCUUCCCUUUUAAUGAUAGCCAGCCAAGUCACAUAUAUCUACGUUGUCUUGGCUUUUGGAAACCAUGUCGGUAGAAUCCUCAGAAACGUCUUCAGAGGCGGGAUAUCUAAAUCAGGAUGCUGAAGGCCGUACCGUCAUGGCGGAGUUACCUGUGACCAUUCCUCCAAUCCCUAAGAAACCUAAGCAACAAACUCCCCAGCAAGCCAUUGACGACUUCUGGGCUAAGUUUACUACUAAGGCUCCUGGUAAAGCAACUACUAUUAUCCCGCGCAACGAAUAUGCCGAAAAAGCAGCAAGGCGAUCAACCAAGGCUGUUGGUACAAACACACAAACGUCCUACGAUGAAGCCGCCGCCGUCUGCAAGGCAAAGGUUGCCAAAAUCGUGAAAGAGUGUCGCCGAGUGAACCAGAAAUACCGGGAUCCUCACUUUGACCUUGAGUCCGACCUGAAAUGGGGAAGUCGGGAUACGCUUGAGUCACUCUGCAACGUCGAGGAGAAGUCGAGCUCGGACUUCAGGCCGAAGAGCGUCAAGCGCGUGGUCGACAUCUUCGAUGACCCUAAGUUUUACAUCGAGGGUCCCACUGCCAAUGAUGUCCGGCAGGGCCGUGACGGCGACUGCUGGCUACUCGCUGCUUUGUGUACCCUCAGCAACAAGCCUAGUCUGAUUGAGAGGGUGUGCGUAGCUCGCGAUGAGCAAGUUGGUGUCUACGGUUUCGUCUUCCACCGCGACGGCGAGUGGAUCUCCGAGAUUAUCGACGACAAGCUGUUUCUCACCAAACCCGACUUUGAUGAGAGUUUCCUUGAGCGCAUGCUUUGGGAAGACCGCGAGAGGAUCAACUCCGAGGAGCAGUAUCGAAAGGCUUACCAGAGCGGGUCCGGCGCCUUAUACUUUGCGCAAUGCGAACACGAAAACGAGACCUGGCUGCCCCUGCUCGAGAAGGCUUACGCCAAAGCACAUGGCGACUACGCAGCGAUCGAGGGUGGCUACACUGGUGAGGGUAUUGAAGACCUCACUGGCGGAGUGACCUCGGAACUCUACGCCUCAGACAUUCUGGACAAAGAGUAUUUCUGGAAAGAAGAGCUCAUGAAAGUCAAUGAAGAAUUCCUCUUCGGAUGCUCCACGGGCAUGUGGGGGCGUGGAUGGGGUGACCGUAAGGGCAUCGUCGAACUUCAUGCCUAUUCAAUCAUGAAGGCGGUCGACAUAGAUGGUCAACGCCUUGUAUUGUUGAAGAACCCCUGGGGAAAGGGGGAAUGGAAGGGUGCUUGGGCCGACGGUAGCAAAGAAUGGACUGCCGAAUGGUUGCUAAAGCUUAACCACCGCUUCGGCGACGAUGGCAAUUUUUGGAUCUCGUAUGACGAUCUACUUCGUAAAUACCAGGCCUUCGAUCGUACUCGACUCUUCGGGCCGGAGUGGAAAGUUACCUCCCUUUGGACUACGCUUUCAGUUCCUUGGGCCUCGGAUUACCACGAGACUUAUUUCGAUUUUACUCUGGCCAAGGCCGGGCCGGUUGUCAUCGUGCUUUCUCAGCUUGACGAUCGAUACUACCGUGGUCUUGAAGGCCAGUACCGAUUCGAACUAAAUUUUCGCUUACACAAGAAUGGGCAAGAAGACUACGUUGUACGUAGCAUUAGCCCAUAUUGCCAGAAUCGUUCGGUGAAUGUGGAACUUGAGUUGGAAGAAGGCGAAUAUAUCGUCUUGUUGAAAACCAACGCGACUCGCUACAUGGAUAAAAUGCCGAUAGAGGAGGUUGUUCGGAACAAUGCGCGAGAUCGCAGGGACAAGUUGGUCGCUGUCGGGAUGUCUUACGAUCUAGCUCACAGCAAGGGGAAGGUGAUUGAAACCCCCGAGGAAAAGAAAGCCCGAAAGGAAGCAGAAAAACGCAAAAAGGACAAGGAACGCCAAGCGCUCAAGAAGAAGAUCAUGGAUGCGCGGAAUCGCCAACAUUACCUCCGCGUCAAGGAUCACAACAAACGCCAGGAAAAGAAAGCCAAGACCAAAGCAAAGGCGCAAGUUAAGAAGGCCGCUAAGGAGGCCGCCAAGGCUGAGAAAUCGAGAGCGGCUGCCGAGGAAGCCAACAAUUCCAAAGAACAGAAAUCAGGACCCGAGAAGGAAAAGCAUGUUCAAGUGCUAUCUCCAAGUCAAAGCCCAGAACCAGAUUCCAAGGGACCAGGUUCCGAGUCAAGUGCUGAUCCCAAAAUUGAGACUCCGUCAACAGAGCCUGAAAAAACUUCUACGGAUGCCUUACUGAACACCGAAGAGCAUCCGGCUGAGAUCCCCAAGGAACCCGAGUCUGAUGAGACUUCGGGUUCUAUCAAGAUCGAAGAGAAAGUCGAGCCAGCUGAAGACACGGCGGAAUUGAAGAAUGAAGGCUCUAAAACAGACGAAGGUGACAAGUCUCAGGAGAAAGAAGCUAGUCAAGAAGAUGAAGAGUCAUCUGACGAGAGCGAUGUUUCAUCCGUGUCCGAGAUUAGCGAUAGAGAGCUAGAUAUCGAACUCGAACAUCCGGCUGCACCUCCAGUCCGUCCUCCACAGCCACCUCCGGAGGCGCCGGAAGAAGAGGCGGAUGAGUUCGAGCGUAAACCAUGGAACGCUGUCGCCACGAUCGGCCUGCGCGUCUACUAUAAAGUAUCGGAUGAAGAUAAAGACAAGGAUAUCGUGAAGCUGCGUGUAGUUCGUCCAAACCCGUAUGCCAAGGACAAGAAAGAAAAGAACGACGGAGAGAGCGACGAGGGCGACGGCGAGGAUGAUAAGCAAGAUGAAACCGAAGGCAAGCAGGAAGAGCCGAAGAGCUCCAAAGGCCUUGAUGUCGAUGACAGCUCCAAAGAUGCUACUUUAGAAGGGGACAACGAGCAAAGGAAGAAGAGCAUCUUAUCUUUAACGCCGUUGGUUAAGUAACGCUGGAUUCUCACGAAUGAUGGCAUAUGAAAUUGGUUACUGCAGGCAAGAUUGACUAACCGUUGGCGCUCAGGAGUAGUUGUCAAAGCCGAAGAGGAAAAUGAUUAAUAUUGGGCUCUUGGAAAAGUUAUUAGCUACUAGUCUCCUAGGUAGAAUACGUAGAACACCACUCAUAAAUUGUAUCUGAUAGUCGCUCGAGCAUCUUGAUCUGUGUUGGGAGUAUA